CCGUGGAUGCGUCAUUCGUAACACGGUAAGUCUUCUAGAGCGAGAAAGCAACACGGGAAAGGGUUCGCGAUAGAGAGCGAUUGAGAGAGUAGAUCCUUCCGCGUAAUCGCGCCUUGACGCUCUCCGGUCUUCCUUCUUCGCCUUCUUCGCCAGCGGCCGUCGAUUGAAUUCUUGGGUUGAUCGAUCGGUUCGUCAAUCGGCUGAUCGCCGGGGAGCUUCUGUUCGCCAUGUUCAAGUUCUGGGGAAAUCAAGAGCAACCAGCUCAACCACACCCACAGGACAGUACUUCACAGUCAUGGUACCCACCUUCUGUAGUUAGCUCUCCCGGUUCUUCCCGUCCCUCAACACCAAGCAGUAGCUCUUCUGGCAGUUUCAAUUAUUUUUCACAGUCCACACCCCAUGUUUCGCCCACUGAGGCUUCGGGCAUCAUAAAUCAUUUGAAAGACAAGAGUGUUGACGAAUUGCGGAAGCUUUUGUCUGACAAGGAAGCAUACCAUCAGUUCAUACUUUCACUUGAUCAAGUGAAGAUCCAAAAUAAUAUACGAGAUGAACUCCGGAAAGAAACCCUGCAGCUUGCCAGGAUGAACUUGGAGAAGGAGCCUCAAAUAAUGGAGCUGAGAAACCAGUGUAGGAUCAUACGGACGACGGAGUUGGCUGCUGCACAGGAGAAGCUCAGUGAACUAGAGAGACAGAAAGAAGAAAUUAUGAAGCUCUUCUCUUCUUCCUCUCUUAUCCAGAAGCUUCAAGAAGCAAUGCGCAAGACGGAGGAGGAAUCUGAAGCUUUGCACGAAAAGCUUCUUAAUAGGGAAGUAGACUUUGGGACAUUUGUGCAGAAAUAUAAGAAGCUGCGGACCACUUAUCACAAGCGCGCACUUAUCCAACUUGCAGCGAAAACAUCUGCAACCGGAUGACAAAUGCGUGGCAAGCAUCAUCCCACAUGAAUGGGGCGGUGAAGAUUUCCUUGUAUUACGGUGUGUUAAACUCAUCUUACAUUUGAUUUUGCUGUGCACAAGACCAUAUCCAUGUAUGUAAACAUUUUCUCUUUCCAAAACUGUCAUCCUCACCUCACCU